AUGGCUGAGAAGGAGCAAAUCGACGCCGGCAAUGGCUUCGACCUCAACCAAGAGGCGAGCCGCCAAGGCGAGAACGAGAACAUCGAGUACAAUCUCGCCAACUCUCACGAUCAGCUUGAGCGAGGUCUCAAGAGUCGACACAUUCAGUUCUUAGCCCUUGGUGGUGCUAUCGGAACUGGUCUCUUCAUCGGCUCGGGAAGCAUCCUUACCCGUACCGGACCCGCCCCCCUCUUCAUGGGUUACCUUUCCAUGAUGGCCCUUGUUUGGAUCAUUAUGAACGUCCUUGCCGAAAUGGUGGUGUACCUGCCCAUGCGCGGUAUCACUGUUCCCUACUUCGUCGGCCGCUUUGUCGACCCCAGUCUCGCCUUCGCCGCCGGAUGGAACUACUGGUACGCAUAUGCUAUGCUCAUCGGAGCCGAGGCUGUCGCUGCUGGUAUCAUCAUCGAAUACUGGGAGCCUCCGGUGUCUAUCGCUCUCUGGAUCGCUAUCGUUCUCGCCGUCAUGCUCCUCCUCAACAUCAUUGCGGUCAGCUUCUUUGGUGAGGCCGAGUUCUGGUUCGCCAGUAUCAAGCUCAUCACCAUCUGCGGUCUCAUCAUUCUGGGCAUUGUCAUCUUCUUUGGAGGUGGUCCAGACCAGGAUAGCGUCCGUGGUUUCACAUACUGGAAGAACCCAGGAGCGUUCAAAGAAUUUGGGGCUAAGGGUUCGACCGGUCACUUCCUCGCCUACUGGAGCGCCUUUAUCAGCGCCGGAUUUGCUUUCAUCACAUCUCCCGAGCUGAUCGCCAUCGCUGCUGGUGAGACCGUCGCUCCUAGGCGCAACAUCCCCAAGGCUGCUCGUCGUUUCAUCUGGCGUCUGGCCAUCUUCUAUGGCGUUUCCUCCCUCCUCAUCGGUAUCCUUGUUCCUUAUAACGAUCCCAAGCUCCUUGGCGCCACUUCUUCCAACGCCAGUGCUUCUCCUUUCGUUAUUGGUAUCCAGAACGUCGGAAUUCCUGUCCUCAACCACAUCAUCAACGCCGCUGUGCUAACCUCCGCUUGGUCUGCCGGUAACUCGUUCCUCUACUCCGGCAGCCGUGUCCUCUACUCCAUGGCCCUUAACAACCAGGCCCCCAAGUGGUUCCGCAUUACCAACAAGCAUGGCGUACCGUGGGUUGCCGUCCUCUUCACCUGGUCUUUUGGUCUCCUGGCCUUCCUCAACGUCUCUAACUCUGGCGCGACCGUCUUCAACUGGUUCGUCAACAUCUCGACCAUCUCUGGCUUCAUCGCCUGGAUUGUCGUCAUGAUUACCUACCUCCGGUUCCGCAAGGCUCUCAUCUUCAACAACCUGCUCGAUUCCCUCCCCUACAAGACUCCCCUCCAGCCCUACGCCACCUGGUUCGUCCUGCUCGUCAUCUCCCUCCUCACCCUCACCAAUGGUUUCGCCAUCUUCCUCAAGGGCAACUGGGACGUCAAGAGCUUCAUCGCCGCCUACAUUACCAUUCCUCUCUUCCUCGCCCUCUACCUCGGCCACAAGAUCUGGUUCCGCACUCCCAUUUGCAUCCGCCUCCAGAACAUCGAUGUCAUUACUGGAAAGAAGGAGAUGGAUGAGCUCGCUGCACAGGAUGUGCCCCCCGUUCCAAAGAACGCGCUCGAGAAGUUCUGGUUCUGGCUUGCUUAA